CAGCCCUCAUCACCCCUUCAGUGAUCCCCCAGUGUCCCCUGACCCUCUCCAUGUCACCCUCACCCUGCUCCGUGCCACCCCACUGGGUGCCCUGCAGUCCCUACUGCCCUUUGGGAUCCCCAGGAACCUGAGGUGUCCUCCCUCCCUCUCCUGACAAAUCCCUCUCAUACCCUUUGUGCCACCCUGUCAGCCCCAAUGACUCCGUCACCGUCCCUGCCUCCCAGUGAUCCCCCACCCCAUCCCCAGUGACGCUCAUCACUUCCAGUAAUUCCUCUGCCCAGAGGACCCCACUGAGCCCCUCUGCCCCUUCAUCUCUCUGCACUCAGCCUCCCUUUUCUCCCCUGCAUUCCCUUUCCCUCUUCUCCUAAACCUCCCUCCGUCCUGGUUCCUUUUCCCUUUCCUCUGUGAUCGCCCUCGGAGCACGCCCACUCCGCCUGUGACUUUGCAGUGACUCCAGUCCCAGCUGUUGCAAGGGAACCUCCUGGUGGAUCUACUCCGAGGACUCAGGUGUUUUUAGCUGAAUCUGUGGUCAGGCAGACAGGGAGUAGGAGCAGAGCCAGAAUAUGGAGACCCCCUGGAAGCUGCCCCCCUGAAAGAUUUCAUGGCAAUUUUUUUGGUGUCUGUACUGAGAAAACACUCAACAUGAGUCACCUGUCAAUACCCUGCAGCAGGGACAGCAGAGAGGGUCAGAAAAAUGAAGCGAACAUGGAGUUUCAGCAGAAAAAUGGCCUUGGAUUCCCCUUAAGUGAUAUGUCCUCUGAUGCCCUUUUUCUCAGGAGACAUUCUUUCUUUGUGAGGGUGACUGGCACUGGUCCUCCCAGACUGCCCAGAAAGGUUUUGUUAUCUCCAUCCUUGGGGUGUCAUCCUGCACUACUCUGGUGGCCCUGCUUGAGCAGGAGGAUGGCCCAGUAUCUGGAGGCAGAAGUCAGCCCUGAAAUGUGGUGGUUCCAGCAAGGCCUUUCAUUCCUGCCCGUGGCACUGGUUGUGUGGUCAGCAGCAUCGUUUGUGUUUUCCUACAUUACUGCAAUUGUCCUACACCACGUUGACCCUUUGGUGCCCUACAUCAGUGAUACAGGGACAAUACCACCUGAAAGAUGCUUAUUUGGGAUCAUGUUAAAUGUUUCAACUUUCUUGGGGAUGGCCACCAUGUACGUGCGAUACAAGCAGGUGUCUGUCCUGAGCCCAGAGAAACCCAAGAUCCUCAGGCUGAAUAAGCUGGGCCUCAGGCUGGGCUGGAUGAGUUGCUUUGGACUCUGCAUUAUUGCCAAUUUCCAGAAAUGCAUCCUGUACUACAUCCAUGUGCUGGGAGCCUGCCUGACCUUCGGGGUGGGGUCCAUUUACAUGCUGGUUCAGACCAUCCUGUCCUACCUGAUGCAACCAGAACUUCAUAGCAAAGACAUCUUCUGGGCCCGCCUGGCCGUGUUCCUGUGGAGCUGUUCCAGCAUCCUGAGUAUGUUUGUGUCCUCGGUUGUGUUGUACAGUGGCCUCUAUGGACAGAACCUGGUGCAGAAGCUGCACUGGGACCCCCAGGAAAGAGGCUACACCCCCCACAUCAUCAGCACCGUCUCCGAGUGGUCGCUGGCAUUUUCCUUCCUCAGCUUCUUCCUCACCUACAUCCGUGACUUCCAGAAAAUUUCCCUGCAAGCUGUGGUCAGUCUGCAGGGCCAGACCCUGCAUGAGAACCCAGGGAGCUUCAGGGCAGAAGAGCAGGCACUGCUCAUAGCAGGGAGCAUCUGAUAGAUGGAGAGAACUCAGGAACUGAAUAGCAAUAACAGCUGUUAUUUCUAAACAUUUAUUUUAUAUUUAAAAAAGUAUGAAGUGAUUGUCUUAUACUUGACAUCAAGGGCUUUGCUAUUAACCCACAGCGAUGCAAAUGUUACCAGUACUGUCAAUGAGUCUGUGACAUUUCUACAUUUUCCAAUGUCAUGAAGGAUUAAAUGAAUGUUA